AUGGCAUCGGUGCUAUCCUGUUCGAGCCACAACACGUGUAUGAUCUGCCUGAGUUCGCUCUUGCGACACCCCAAGCCAACAACCCACCGCCAAGAUACAACAUGCAAUAGAGGCGAUGACGUGUCAUCCGUCGGUCCAGAAGACGAAUCUGAGAAUGAAAUUGGAGCCGUCGUUCCCUGUGGUCACGUCUUUCACAUCAAGUGCUGGCAGCUCUGGGCGGCUCAUGAGGGACGGUGUCCGACGUGCAAUCAAGACGCAGCUAUCUUUUGCAAACUAUUCAUCAGUGCGCCGCCACUGCCGUCUCCGUCGGAACAUCCUCCAUCGCCUCCAUCAUCACCACAACCACAGCAAAAAUCACAACAACAUCAACAGCCAGAAGAAGAAGCACAAGCACCAGUCGAAGAAAUCUCUUUCGAGACACGACUGGGCUGUGGUACCAGUACAGAAGAAGAGGAAGAAGAAGAACAACGACAAAUCCUCUUGGACAUGCGCACCGCCGAACAACAAGGUCCUGCCCAUGCCAUUCGCAAGGUCGUAUCGCUACAAUCCAAAGUCCGCAAACUGAGGCGGACCAAUCGCGCCACACGCAAAGAUUUGGAAUCCACACAACUCAUGUUGGAUCUCACACAGGAAGAACUUACACUGGCCAAUCAAGAGUUGCAGCAACAACAAUCGGCUGUACACGAAUGCAAGGACAAGUUGUGGCGCUUGCAGACACAGCACUGGCAACGACACAAAAUAUUACACGAGGAAUUGGUAGAGCGACAUCAGCGUCAAAUCAAGGGAUUGCAAAAAGAAUUGGACGAUGUCAAGACACAACUCGCCUUUCGCAACAAUCGACGACAGCAACAACAACAACAUCAUUGGGCCGGGCAUAAUAGUAAUGCCGCCGCCACGGCGAUUUCCACAGUGACUGCCACUCCCAUGAUGAUUGCGUGUCGAGGUCCCCACGUAACGGCGGCUCCGGCUCCUGGAUUGGACCGGUGA